CCUACAGCCAGUAUGUUGAUCGGAUGCCGGAGAAGAGGACGUCAAUCCACCAGACUGAAGGUAGCACUCAUGCUCUUAGUAUUCAUUUGUCAAUUCGUCCAUGUUCUCAGCGAAAAGUCUCCCUCCACUCUGACUGUUGUGGAGAGCCCUGAGGCCAGCCUGGAGGGUGAGGAGGAUGCCCACGUGGAAGAGGGAGAUUCUGAGGAUUUGGAUGUGUUCCAUCCAACAGAUAAGUGGAAGACUCUCAAACCAGGUCAUGGGGUCCCAAGGGGCUCUCAAGUAAGGCUCAACCUCCAGACUGGACAGAGGGAGGUCAAACUUGGGGAACACCAGACUCUCAAAUACCAGAUAGAUGGACAAAGACAGGGGAAGGUGAACACACAGGGCCCAUCUGUCAGUGCUGAGGAGCUGAAGAAGGCUUUGAAAAAUAUCAAAGAAGGAGUGGAUCCCAAAACCAGUGACAAAGAAGAGACGGAGGCUCUCAGGGCCCAGUUUCAUACCAUGGAUGAGCUGAAAAAAGACAUGGUCAGGCUAGACAUGCUGAUGGAGUCAGACUUCCAGAUUAUGAGUAGACUGGUGUCCCAAUUCAACAGCUCUAACGCCACUGUGGAAGAGAAGGUUAAAGCUCUACAUGACUUAGAGUACCUUGUUCAUCAGGUGGACAAUGCACAGAACCUGGCAUCUAGGGGAGGGUUGAAGCUUGUGGUUGAUGCAUUGAACAGCACAGACUAUCGACUUCAAGAGAGUGCUUCUUUCGUUCUGGGAUCAGCUCUAUCAAGUAACCCGGUGGUGCAGGUGGAGGCAGUUGAAAGUGGUACCCUUCAGAAGCUGUUAAUGUUACUUGCCACUCCACGACCCAUGUCUGUUAAAAAGAGGGCGUUGUUUGCUCUGGCCUGUUUGCUACGUCACUGCCCCUUUGCCCAAAGCCACUUCCUGAAGCUGGGUGGGCUACAAGUGUUGGGGGAUAUUUUCCGAGCAUCUGGAGGUGGGGCUGUCCGUGUGAGGAUUGUAACCAUACUCUAUGAUAUGAUCAACGAAAAGGAGCUGAUCUCUCAGACUGGACUUGACCCCAUCCCAGAUGCAUCUCACAAUGAGCGUUUGCGGCAGUAUGCGCAGGUCUCCCUCCAGCCGCUUUUGGCAGAGCAAGGCUGGUGCAGUCUGGUACCUGAACUGUUGGCCUCCCCAGAGCACGACUGGAAGGAAAAGGCCCUGAGAACUAUCCUGGCCAUGAUGCCUCACUGCCAGACUCAGUAUCGAAAGGAUUACGCCCUGUCUUCCUCCCUCAGCGCCCUACAGGAGCAGUACCAGGAGCUGGUGCUCACAGAGCAGGUCCUCGGUGACGAGGAUGGAUACUUUGGGGAGAUCCUGGCUCUGUUGGAGACAGUGGUGCUGAAACUGAAACAAGUAUAGGGCUUGGUGAAAACCCUUAUCAAAGGACAAUUUAAAAAACGAGGAUGUAGGAUUACAGAAAUGCGUUCGAGUUUUGCGGCUGUGUGAUAGGGUCAAAUCAAAUUUUAUUUGUCACAUACACAUGGUUAGCAGAUGUUAAUGCGAGCGUAGCGAAAUGCUUGUGCUUCUAGUUCACACAUUUGCAAAUCACAAGGUUGCCUUUCGGUUGCUUAGCCUUCCUUACACCUUUUUUCUGCAUCUGUGAUGCAUCAUGCCUUGGCUUGUGUCUCAAAAUAAGGCUUUCCAGUCCUCCCUGAGGAAUGCAUUCAGCUGGGCUAAAAGACAGUAUUUCUCCUUAUAUGGCAUUUGUGUUCCUUGUUCAGUGUGCUCCAUCUAUCUUGUUAGUGGAUUGUCCACUGUGAUACUAGUGUGCCUAGUCAGUGCCUGCUGUAAGCAGUAAUGAAAUCUGAGCUAUUUCCAUACUUCCCUAUGGGGUUUCAUGAGAGACUGUACAGGUUCAUGUUUCGUCAUUUUAUUAGUUUAAGGGUUUCCACUGAUUUGGAAAGCCAAUGUCCAGUCAGUGAUACUCUUCAUUGCACUGCAUCAUUCCGGCAGGAAGGAAAGGCAUCCAGAGAGAAUUCUUGUGCCUCACACAUGCCUGCAUGCUUGACCAAGACUUUCUUGUGUUUGAACCUGUCAAAAAGAGAUGUGCUUUGCACACUCUUGGCAUUCUCUCAACCAGCUUCACGAGAUAGUCACCUGGAAUGCAUUUCAAUUAACAGGUGUGUCGCCUUAAGUUAAUUUGUGGAAUUUCUUUCCUUAAUGCGUUUGAGCCAAUCGGUUGUGUUGUGACAAGGUGGGGGGGUAAAACAGAAGAUAGCCCUAUUUGGUAAAAGUCCAUAUUAUGGCAAGUAGAGCUCAAAUAAGCAAAGAGAAACGACAGUCCAUCAUUACUUGAAGGUCAUCAUUACAUGAAGGUCAGUCAAUUCAGAAAAUGUCAAGAACUUUGAAAGUUUCUUCAAGUGCAGUCGCAAAAACCAUCAAGCGCGAUGUUGAAACUGGCUCUCGUGAGGACCGCGACAGGAAUGGAAGACCCAGAGUCUGCUGGGUCUCUGCUGCAGAGGAUAAGUUCAUUAGAGUUACCAGCCUCAGAAAUUGCAGCCCAAAUAAAUGCUUCACAGAGUUCAAGUAACCGACACAUCUCAACUGUUCAGAAGAGACUGUGAAUCAGGCCUUUGUGGUUGAAUUGCUGAAAAGAAACCACUACUAAAGGGCACCAAUAAGAAGAGACUUGCUUGGGCCAAGAAACAUGAGCAAUGGACAUUAUCAAAUCAAAUUUAUUUAUAUAGCCCUUUGUACAUCAGCUGAUAUCUCAAAGUGCUGUACAGAAACCCAGCCUAAAACCCCAAACAGCAAGCAAUGCAGGUGUAGAAGCAUGGUGGCUAGGAAAAACUCCCUAGAAAGGCCAAAACAUAGGAAGAAACCUAGAGAGGAACCAGGCUAUGUGGGGUGGCCAGUCCUCUUCUGGCUGUGCCGGGUGGAGAUUAUAACAGAACAUGGCCAAGAUGUUCAAAUGUUCAUAAAUGACCAGCAUGGUCGAAUAAUAAUAAGGCAGAACAGUUGGAACUGGAGCAGCAGCACGGCCAGGUGGACUGGGGACAUCAAGGAGUCAUCAUGUCAGGUAGUCCUGGGGCAUGGUCCUCCGAGAGAGAGAAAGUAAUAGAGAAUUAGAGAAAGCACACUUAAAUUCACACAGGACACCGAAUAGGACAGGAGAAGUACUCCAGAUAUAACAAACUGACCCUAGCCCCCUGACACAUAAACUACUGUAGCAUAAAUACUGGAGGCUGAGACAAGGCUGAGUAUAGCCCACAAAGAUCUCCGCCAUGGCACAACCCAAGGGGGGGGCGCCAACCCAGACAGGAUGACCACAUCAGUGAAUCAACCCACUCAGGUGACCGCACCCCUUCCAGGGACGGCAUGAGAGGGCCCCAGUAAGCCAGUAAGACUCAGCCCCUGUAAUAGGGUUAGAGGCAGAGAAUCCCAGUGGAAAGAGGGGAACCGGCCAGGCAGAGACAGCAAGGGCGGUUCGUUGCUCCAGAGCCUUUCCGUUCGCCUUCCCACUCCUGGGCCAGACUACACUCAAUCAUAUGACCCACUGAAGAGAUGAGUCUUCAGUAAAGACUUAAAGGUUGAGACCGAGUUUGCGUCUCUGACAUGGGUAGGCAGACCGUUCCAUAAAAAUGGAGCUCUAUAGGAGAAAGCCCUGCCUCCAGCUGUUUGCUUAGAAAUUCUAGGGACAAUUAGGAGGCCUGCGUUUUGUGACCGUAGCGUACGUGUAGGUAUGUACGGCAGGACCAAAUCAGAGAGAUAGGUAGGAGCAAGCCCAUGUAAUGCUUUGUAGGUUAGCAGUAAAACCUUGAAAUCAGCCCUUGCUUUGAGAGGAAGCCAGUGUAGGGAGUCUAGCACUGGAGUAAUAUGAUCACGUUUUUUGGUUCUAGUCAGGAUUCUAGCAGCCGUAUUUAGCACUAACUGAAGUUUAUUUAGUGCUUUAUCCGGGUAGCCGGAAAGUAGAGCAUUGCAGUAGUCUAACCUAGAAGUGACAAAAGCAUGGAUUAAUUUUUCUGCAUAAUUUUUGGACAGAAAGUUUCUGAUUUUUGCAAUGUUACGUAGAUGGAAAAAAGCUGUCCUUGAAAUGGUCUUGAUAUGUUCUUCAAAAGAGAGAUCAGGGUCCAGAGUAACGCCGAGGUCCUUCACAGUUUUAUUUGAGACGACUGUACAACCAUUAAGAUUAAUUAGACCAGUGGAAAUUUGUCCUUUGGUCUGAGGUCCAAAUUGGAGAUUUUUGGUUCCAACUGCCGUGUGUUUGUGAGACGCGGUGUGGGUGAACGGAUGAUAUCCGCAUGUGUAUUUCCCACCGUGAAGCAUGGAGGAGGAGAUGUAAUGGUGUGUGUGUGCUUUGCUGGUGAUACUGUGAUUUAUUUAAAAUUCAAUGCACACUUAACCAGCAUGGCUACCACAGGAUGGCAUAUCGCUGCAGAAUGCUAUCUGUUUUGAGCUUAGUGGGGCUAUCAUUUGUUUUUCAACAGGACAAUGACCCAACACACCUCCAGGCUGUGUAAGGGCUAUUUUACCAAGAAAGAGAGUGAUGGAGUGCUGCAUCAGAAGACCUCGCCAUCACAAUCACCCGAACUCAACCCAAUUGAUAUGGUUUGGGAUGAGUCGGACCGCAGAGUGAAGGAAAAGCAGUCAUCAAAUGCUCAGGAAAAGAAUUCCGGGUGAAGCUGGUUGAGAGAAUGCCAAGAGUGUGCAAAGCUGUCAUCAAGGCAAAUGGUGGCUAUUUGAAGAAUAUCACUUUUUUGGUUACUGAAUGAUUCCAUAUGUGUUAUUUCAUGGUCUUGAUGUCUUCACUAUUAUUCAGCAAUGUAAAAAAAACAUUAAAACCCUAGAAUGAGUAGGUGUUUCUAAAAUGUUUGACCUGUAGUUUAGGUCUUCGUCGUAUCUGAGCCUAAACCACAGCCCAAGCAGCCCUGGACUUGCCCACUGGAUUUCCUUUUCCAGUGGCUGUGGUUGAAUCCUUCCUUUACUGGCUAUCUGUUGCGCAGCAUUUGGUCACUUCUUGCUGAAAUUGAAAUGCUGUGUGUUGAAGUACUUGCAAUUGAGUUGAGCACCUGCAGCAGCCAUCACAAUAUAUCAGAUGGCAUAUCCACCUUUAAAGACUUUCAGGGCAAUUACUUUAGACUGAGAUGUGAAGUUCCAAGCAGAAAUGUUGAUUGACACGAAUAAAAUGCUCCCUCCAGUGACGACUCUAGUAGGCUUAUACACAUGGAC